UCGCUCACUAGGCACAUGCUGAGCCCCGCAGACUUGAUUGUCACCCAGCUAGUCCUAGCUAACCCCUUGGUUCUUCUGCAUAAAGGAAUUCCUCAGACGCUGGCAAUGUCUGGGGUGACCUUCCCGGAUGGUGCUGGAUGGAAGCUUGUCUUCUACUUCCUCCGCCCGGCCGGAGGGGUUUCCCUCAGCACCACCUGCCUGCUCAGUGGUUUCCAGGCCCUUAAGCUCAACACCAACGCCUCCCAGUGGGUGGAGCUCAGGGUUGCAUUCCCGGAGUGCACUGGCAUCUGCUGUUUCCUCUGCUGGAUCCUGCAUCUCCUGUUGAAUAUCUUUAUUGCUUUGCAUGUUCCUGGCCCAAGAAAGAACAAAAACACGAGUGUGGAGAAAAUUUACGAAGACUGUAAUUCGCCCACUCCACACAAAUUUAUAGUUUUACUACCUGCAGUCAUGUUCUCCUUCACUGAUGUCACUUGUUCGGGCCUCAUGGCCUGGGCCAGCGGCUCCGUGGUCCUCGUCCUGCUCAGGCACAAGCAGCGAGUCCAGCACCUUCGCAGCCACAGCCCGUCCCCCAGACCUUCCCGCGAGGCCAGAGCCGCACGCACCGUCCUGGCCCUGGUGAGCACAUUCGUCUCCUCCUACGUCCUCUCUCCCAUUUUGUCUUUGUGGGUCACACUUGCUGCCAACGCAAGCCACUGGCUGAGGAGCACGUGUGCCCUGGCGACCUCAGGCUUUCCGACCGUCAGCCGCUUGCGGCGCCUUCGCAGUGACACCCGUGUCUCUCAGUCUUUCUCUGCUUCUAGGAAAGAAAGAACUUUUCCAAGUAUGGUGUCUAAAAUGUAAGUUCC